CCACCUCGGCGACGUCCACAGGCAGGGCACGACAAAGAAGGCCUGCUGGCCAACAUGGCCUGUCUGUCCCUGAAAUUGAGCCUGAAGAGGAUGCCUACACACCACCGGGAUACCAAAACCCAAGAAAUCGUAACCCACUGGAUAAAAUGUUCGAGUCGCCUGAGGCGAGCAUGAUUACCGUUGGCAUACUGACUGCCCUCGCAUUCGCUCUGCGGUUCUACAAAAUCAACCAUCCAGACCAGGUAGUCUUCGACGAGGUUCACUUUGGAAAAUUCGCCUCAUACUACAUUCUUCGAGAAUACUACUUCGACGUUCACCCUCCAUUCGCGAAACUUCUGUUUGGUCUCGCCGGUUGGUUCGUUGGGUUCGAUGGCCACUUCAGCUUCGAGGAUAUUGGCGACAGCUACACAGAAAACCACGUUCCUUAUGUCGGCAUGAGGGCUCUACCAGCCAUCCUCGGCAGUCUUACCAUCCCUGUGAUCUACGGCAUCAUGAAGGAGAGUGGCUACUCGACUAUCAUUGCGGCAUUUUCGGCAUCCCUCAUCCUCUUCGACAACGCACACAUUGCUCAGUCACGUCUCAUCCUUUUGGACGCGACUCUGAUCUUCUUCAUGUCCUUGACCAUGUACUCUUAUAUUCGUUUCCGCAAGCUGCGCUACCACGCGUUCUCUUCUCAAUGGUGGGGAUGGCUCAUAGCGACUGGUGUAUUCAUGGCCUGCACCUGGGGAUCCAAGGUUAACGGCAUUCUCACGGUCUUCGCAAUUGGCGCUGCCGUUCUCGUUGACCUAUGGGAUAUCCUCGACCUCAAGAAAACCCCGGACAUGGAACACUUCUGGCGACACUUUGCCGCCCGCGCGAUCGGUCUCAUCCUCAUUCCUUUCGUCGUCUAUCUCUCGUUCUUCUAUGUCCACUUCGCUAUUCUCACGAAGUCCGGUCCCGGUGACACCUUCAUGAGUCCUCAGUUCCAGGAGACGCUGGCUGGCAAUGAGCUGCUUAUGAACAGUCAAGAGAUCCGGUAUUUCGACACCGUCACUAUCAGGCAUAAGGACACGAAGGUCUUCUUACACUCGCACCUCGAGAAAUAUCCUCUCAGAUAUGAUGACGGCCGUGUUUCUAGCCAAGGUCAACAGGUUACCGGUUACGGUCACGCCGACGCGAACAACAACUGGCAGAUCAUUCCCACCAAGGCCCUUCCUGAGACUGGGCGUGGCCGUAUCGUCCGCCACAACGAUGUUAUCCAACUCUUGCACGUCAACACUCAAACCGUCCUCCUCACACACGAUGUCGCCUCCCCGCUCAUGCCCACGAACCAAGAGUUCACGACCUGGCCAAAGGACGAUUACACUCGGUACAACGACACCCUCUUCCAUCUGUUCUUGAAAGAUGCACAUGAGGGUGAGGCGUGGAAGACAAAGGGUGGACAUUUCAGGUUGGUGCAUGUGCCGACGAAAGUAGCCCUCUGGACCCAUCGAGAGCAGUUGCCGGAUUGGGCAUUCAAGCAGCAAGAAAUCAAUGGUGACAAGAAGCCCACAGAGAAGACGGCGAUUUGGUACGUUGACGAGAUCGCAGAGCCUGCUGAGGGCGAAGAGCUCCUUGAUCGCACGGCCGACAUCCAGGUCAAAGAACCCAAGUCCAUGAACUUCUUCAAGAAGUUCUUCGAGCUUCAGACUUUGAUGUUGCAGCACAACGCGGGUUUGACGGCGUCGCAUCCCUACGCGAGUCAACCCAUCAAUUGGCCGUUCUUGUUGAGCGGUAUCAGCUUCUGGACGCAGAGCGAGGGCCAGAAGCAGAUCUAUCUCAUUGGUAACGUCGUCGGCUGGUGGACCUGCGUCAUUGCGAUGUCUAUCUACGUUGGAAUCAUCGGCGCGGAUAUGCUCGCUAGGCGGAGAGGGAUCACUCCCAUUGAGCCACCCGUCCUGAACCGUCUCUGGAACAACGCCGGCUUCUUCGUUAUCAUCUGGUUUAUCCACUACUUCCCCUUCUUCCUCAUGAACCGUCAACUGUUCAUCCACCACUACCUUCCUUCUCAUCUCGCCUCUGCCCUCGUCGCCGGUGCCGUCCUCAACUUCGUACUUUCUGACACCAUCAACUAUCCGAUCUCUAUUCGUGGACUUAGGACGAGGGCUCAGCCAACGCAGUAUGCAGAGCUGGGUGUAAAGGCGCCGAUCGUUGUUGGGCUGUUCGCAAUUGCGAUGAUGGCGUGUUUGGUAUAUCUUGCGCCGCUGACUUAUGGAACACCAGGGUUGACGGGCGAGCAAGUGAACGCGCAUCGUCUAUUGUCUUCUUGGACACUACACUUCGCCGCAAAAACGACAGCGGAGAUCUAAUGAAGAGAUGAUUACCUGUCGAGAGCGUUGGAGGAUGUGUCGAUCGGGUGUUGUUGUUGUUGUGCUAUGCUCGAGUUGUGGAUGGAAUCGAUUCUUCCGUGGAAAUGUUUUGGCUUUUCGCCCCUCCCAAGCUUUGUUUCCCUGCGUUCCUUUCUCUUUGCUAAACCUGAAUUUGACGAGACCCGGACUAUUCAUUCCGAGAUGUGAUGUGUAUAGUCUCUCGCUACCCGUGCUACCCUCCAUGACAGUUCUUCUUCUCUAAAUUUUCGUGGCGAGAGACAUCUUUCUUCGAAGAGGACUGGUUUCCCCGUAAUUGCUAUUCUUCUGUUUCUAAAUUCUGCCUCGAUACGUUAGUUAUAUAUAUACCACCCAUCCCCUGGGUGAAAGCGCUUUGUAAAUAGCUGCACUGGACCAUUGUCUGUAGAAUGACUAUGCUCCCAAGUCCC